UCUCAUUUUCUCUCUCUUCCACUUUCCCAUCUCUCUCUCUCUCUCUUUUCGAAUCUCCACCUCUUCAUCUCUUCCUUCAAUCUUCAGCUCCGACCAGAUCCAAUCCGAGCCCCCGAAACGAUGUCGUCGCAGCUCUCGGAGACCUACGCUUGCAUGCCGUCGACGGAGCGGGGCCGGGGGAUCCUCAUCUCCGGCCACCCCAAGUCCAACAAGAUCCUCUACACCAACGGCCGAUCCGUCAUCAUGCUCAACCUCGAAAACCCCCUCGACGUCGCCGUCUACGGCGAGCACGCCUACCCCGCCACCGUCGCCCGCUACUCCCCCAACGGCGAGUGGGUAGCCUCCGCCGACGUCUCCGGCACCGUCCGGAUCUGGGGCGCCUACAACGAGUACGUCCUCAAGAAGGAGUUCAAGGUCCUGUCGGGUCGGAUCGACGACCUCCAGUGGUCCCCCGACGGCCUCCGGAUUGUUGCCUCCGGCGAUGGGAAGGGGAAAUCCUUCGUCCGGGCGUUCAUGUGGGACUCUGGCACCAACGUUGGAGAAUUCGAUGGCCAUUCAAAGAGAGUCCUGAGCUGUGCGUUUAAACCAACACGACCAUUUCGCAUCGUUACAUGUGGAGAGGAUUUCAUCGUGAACUUUUAUGAGGGCCCCCCCUUUAAGUUCAAGUUAUCUUGCAGGGACCAUUCCAACUUUGUCAACUGUGUGAGGUUCUCACCUGAUGGCAGCAAGUUUAUUACCGUAAGCUCUGAUAAGAAGGGAAAAAUAUAUGAUGGCAAGACUGCAGAGAAAAUGGGAGAACUCUUGGCCGAAGAUGGGCAUACUGGUAGUAUCUAUGCUGUUAGUUGGAGUCCUGAUAGUAAACAGGUGCUGACAGUGUCAGCUGACAAGACAGCAAAAGUAUGGGAUAUCUCUGAGGAUGGUAGUGGCAAGUUGAACAAACCGCUGCCAUGCAUUGGUUCUGGUGGGGUGGAAGAUAUGUUGGUUGGGUGUCUUUGGCACAAUGAUCAUCUUGUUACUGUUUCUCUUGGUGGCAUGAUUAAUCUAUUCUCUGCGAAGGAUCUUGAUAAACCUCCUGUAACCUUGUCUGGGCACCUGAAGAAUGUUGCUUCAUUAACUGUGCUCAACAGUGUCCCCAAAGUUAUAUUGUCCACAAGCUACGAAGGUUUGAUUGUGAAGUGGAUUCAGGGCAAAGGAUUCAGUGGGAAGCUUCAGAGGAAGGAGAGUUCUCAGAUUAAAUGUUUCACGGCUAUCGAGGAAGAGAUUGUCACUUCAGGUUAUGACAAUAAGGUGAGGAGAGUUUCUCUGCAAGGGGAUCAAUGUGCAGAUGGAGUCUCAGUUGAUGUUGGAAGUCAACCCAAAGAUUUGAGCCUCGCUCUUCUUUCUCCUGAACUCUCUUUGGUCGCCAUUGAGACCGGAGUUGUACUUCUCCAAGGCACCAAAGUGCUCUCAACUACCAAUCUUGGUUUCAGUGUUACUGCAUCAGCAAUCUCACCCGAUGGAAGUGAAGCCAUAGUUGGAGGACAAGACGGUAAAUUGCACAUAUACUCCAUUAACGGUGACACACUCACAGAAGAGGCUGUCCUUGAGAAACAUAGAGGUGCUAUCAGUGUGAUACGUUACUCUCCUGAUGUUUCCAUGUUCGCUUCGGCCGAUCUAAAUAGGGAAGCUGUUGUUUGGGAUCGAGCCACGCGAGAGGUGAAGCUUAAGAACAUGCUUUAUCACUCGGCGCGAAUUAACUGCCUGGCUUGGUCUCCCGAUAGCAGAAUGGUAGCUACUGGAUCACUAGACACAUGUGUCAUAAUCUACGAGGUUGACAGACCGGCUUCGAGCCGUAUAACCAUAAAGGGGGCCCACUUGGGUGGAGUUUAUGGCCUAGCUUUCUUUGAUGAGCAGAGUGUGGUGAGUUCGGGCGAGGAUGCUUGUAUUCGUGUUUGGAAGGUCACUCCACAGUGAGCUGAAUAAGAAACAGUACCAGUAAAAACAUACUCUGGUUCACAUUUCGGAUCAUUUGUUGGGUUUUCUUUGUUGUGAAUUUGGGUUGGAAAAGUUUCCUUUUGGUUCAUCAUAGAGUGGAAAAAGGUCACAGUUAGUCCUGACCGGUGCAAUGUUUACAGCAGACCAAUCAAUUGCCUGAAGUACCGACAUCGGGACUUUCUGUUGUUUUCUAUCCCUGUCCUCCGCCAUUUUUUCUCAAGAGGAUCGUGUUGUGUCGUGUCGUGUCGGGAACCUGAACUGUCUCUGCUGUGAGUGGGUGUCUGUAGAGAUUCGUGUUCUGCAUCCUGCGAUUUUGCUAUGUAAUCAGCCACUGCACAGUUUGUAAUUCAACUCUUGUUUUGUGGUGAAUGUCUUCUCGUGAGUUCAAUACCACUCUGUAAUCCCGAUUGAUUAUUCGCA